GGCACGGUCUACAUCGUGGGGACGCCCAUCGGCAACCUCGACGACCUGACGCUGCGCGCCGCGCGCACGCUGCGCGAGGUGGAUGUGGUCGCCUCGGAGGACACGCGGAGGACCGCCGUGCUGCUGCGGCAUCUGGGCGCCUCGCCCAAGAAGCAGCUGUCGCACCACGAGCACAACGCACGCGCCGCGUCGGCGCGGGUUGUCGAGCUCGCCAGAGGCGGCGCCACCGUCGCCGUCGUGUCUGACGCCGGCACGCCCGGCAUCAGCGACCCGGGCGCGCUGCUCGCUGCCGAGUGCGCCGCCGCGGGCGUGCCUCUCGUGCCGGUGCCUGGCGCGUGCGCAGCCAUCGCGGCGCUCUCCAUCUCGGGCUUCGCCGCCGCCGGCUUCCGCUUCGGCGGCUUCCUCCCCCGCGCGGGCCGCGGUCGGCGCGAGGCGCUCGCGGCGCUCGUGGCGGACGAGAGAGCGGCGGUGCUGUACGAGUCCCCGCACCGGGUGGUCGCGACGCUGCGGGAGCUGGCCGCCAAGGGGGCGGGCGAGCGGCGCUGCCUCGCCGCGCGCGAGCUGACCAAGCUGCACGAGGAGACGGCGCGCGGCACCGUGUCCGAGCUCGCGGCGCGGUACGCGGCGGCGCAGGACGAGGCGGGCAAGCUGCGCGGCGAGUUCACGAUCGUGCUAGCGCCGCUCGCCGAGGAGGAGGUGGCGGCGCGGGCGAGCGAGGCGCGCGACGCGGCGCAAGACGAGGCGCGCGACCAGCUCAGGGAGCGGCUGGCGACCGGGCAGCCGCUCUCGAGAGCGGUGCGCGAGGUGGCGGCGGCGGUGGGCGCGCGGAGGGGCGCGGUCUACCAGAUUGCCCUCGAGCUCAAGGACGGCGGC